UGGCCCGCGGAGAUCCCAGCGUCCCUGUAUUUCUCGCCGGGUCAUGGCGAGAAUGGCAUGGGCAGGUUCAUGCGCGUGGUUGAUUACUUCUGGGUGGACAGCCCCGCGUGGCGCGGUAGCGGGUGGAGGCUCGUCACGCCGUUCCUCAAGUCGGGCACGCUCGAGACGCUGGCGGGAUUGGUGCAUAUGUGUGGCCUCUCGCCGGAGGACGUGGAUGGGAUAUAUAGGCGGAGGUUCAGGGGCGUGUUGAUGGCGCUGAAGGAGAUGCACACCAGGGGGUACACGCACGACGACGUCAAGACGGAUAACAUCUUUGUGGCCGAGAAUGGCGAGUUUCUGCUGGGUGAUCUGGGGAACGUGCGGGAGCACGAGCACGGAUAUCACUCGCAUGCGCCGGAUAUGCACACGGGACACAAAGACUACCGGCAGGGGGAUACCGAGCGCGCGGUGCGGAGCUAUCUGACGUUUCUGAGGUUUGCGUGUGGCGAUCAGAGGGUAUUUGAUCGGGACUUUAGGGAGAUGCGGGCUGAGUGGAGCGAGUUCUUUUGG